AGUGAUGGAGGACGUGGGGACGCAGCGAUGGAGGACGUGGGGACGCAGUGAUGGAGGACGUGGGGACGCAGCGAUGGAGGACGUGGGUCGGGACGUGGGGACGCAGUGAUGGAGGACGUGGGGACGCAGCGAUGGAGGACGUGGGGUCGGGGACGUGGGGACGCAGCGAUGGAGGACGUGGGGACGCAGCGAUGGAGGACGUGGCACGAAGCGGGCAGACUCUGAACGAGGAGACGCAGAGCGUGGGGCGCUCAUUUGUGGAGCUGAACGAGGAGGUGGCCAGCAGGGAGGGCUACGACCUGCGGCAGAGCCCCGGCCCCGAGUCCUCCAGCACCCAGAAACUCUAUGAGACAAAGACCAAACUGCGCUGCAACCAGGUGGCGCAGGACGCGACGCAGCGCUGCCGGUUUUGGUUUGAGAAGAAGUUCCAGGCCUGCGUGGCGCAGAUCGUCGUGCCCAUCAUCAGCCACUUCCUCUGCCUGCCCAUGAAGUUCACCUUCCUCUGCCACAUCGCCAAGAGUGGGCAACGGGACCCCAGACCCAUCCCCAGACCUCAGCCCAACCUCAGGCCCUGAGAUGCAGCCCCACAUCCCACAGCAGAGCCCCAGAGACCCCUCUGCCCAACCCCAAGUCCUGGGUUACGGCCCCACAUCCCACAGCAGAGCCCCACAGCCCCUUCUACCCAACCCCAAUUCCUGGCUUACAGCCCCACAUCCCACAGCAGAGCCCCAGAGACCCCUCUGC